CUGAAACAGAGAUUUUGGGCGGUAAUGUUUUUCACUGUUUUGCGCCAUAAUACCUAGUUCAGCGGGAAAUUUUGGUUGAGCGCCAACAUCACCUAUUCACCUUCAAGGCUUUCAUCUUCUACAUGUUAUUUUCUGCCAUUAAUAACCAGAAAAACCUUCAAAUUCUGACAUUAAAGGUUAUGUUUUUUUUUACAAACUUUUUAUUCCAUCCUCCAUUUACACAAAUAAUUCGUGGGAUGAUUUUCGAAUUGAAUGAGUUCGUGUGUUUAAACAACGGUUCUCCUUUACUCUGCCUCUCUCACCUCUUCUUCAAAACCCCGUUCGUAGGGUUCUUCGUUCUUCGGCGUUUCUUCAAGGCGCAUCCUCAGUAUGCAAAGAAUGACUUCUACAUCACUGGAGAAUCCUACGCUGGGCACUAUAUCCCUGCUUUUGCUGCUAGAGUUCACAACGGAAACAAGGCUCGAGAAGGACUUCACAUAAAUCUCAAGGGUUUUGCAAUCGAUAAUGGCCUCACCCAUCCAGAAAUUCAAUACAAAGCAUACCCAGAUUAUGCUCUGGAUAACGGGAUCAUUAAACAGUUAGAACACAAAACCAUCAGUGUUAUGGUUCCAGCUUACGAACAGGUACUGGUGGCAAAGAUGCAUGCUUGAGUGCGUACUUUGCCUGCACCAACAUCUUCAACAAGAUCAUGGACUACGCAGGAGACAAAAAUUAUUAUGACAUCAGGAAGAAGUGUGAGACCAGCUUGUGUUAUGACUUCUCAAACAUGGAGACUUUACUUCUAUGGUGUUGGUUUAGUCUGGAAGGGUUAAUUUGUGUUACUGAUAUGGUGUUGGUCCAGUCUGGAAGUGUGAGAUCAUGUCUGUUCCGAUUUGUGUUACUGCUAUGGUGUUGGUCCAGUCUGGAAGGGUUAAUUUUUUCAGCUAUUGAUGCUUUACGAUCGUACUUUCAAAUGGAUUGUUUUUUUUUGUCAUUCUGGUCAACUUUUGACUAGAGUUGACUUCUUUCUUAGUUUGCGUUUUUUGGUUUUGUUGAGCUUUCUUUUGUGCUCGAUUAUAGGCUUUACUUUUGGGUCUUGUGUACAAGUGAACUUUGAAAUGAGAAUAUUUUUUUUUUAGUCUCAUAUGUAUUAUAAAUAUAUUUUUAAUAAGAAAUGAAACUUUUAUCUA